AUGGAACAAGCAUCCAGUAUCUCACAGAUGACCACAGCUUCCUCCAUCACAAAAGGAAACCAUGUGGAAGAUGGGAGUUCAACACCCCAACUCAAACACACUAUUACAACCACACCAGUCUCCUCUGAAAAUGAAUAUUUCACAAUAGUUCCAACCAACUCAGGAGGUACCACACUUUCAUCUUCACAAUCAAUCUCAUUUGCAACUGCAGAGAUUAGGAAACAGACAGCUUCCACCUUGAACACAUCAUGGAAAAAUAACAGUAAAUCUGAAGUAUCACAUGCAACAAAAGGAAUGAAUACUAGACAGACUGAUGCGUCCACCAUCCCUUCUCUUCACGUGUCUCAGAAAGCAGCCAUGUUUGAGCACAGCACAUCUCUCUCAAUACCACAUCAGUCAACAUCAGAAGACACUUCCAUUGGAAUCUCCACCAGGCUCCUCAGAUCUACAACCACCCCAGAAUCAGAAGAGACAGCAGCCAGCCACAGGGGACAUUCUGUGGUGACAUCAAACAUGGUGACUUCCCAAGACACAUCAACCACUGCUUCAAACACAGAGACUCAGCACAGUGUGACACAAGCAUCUUUACUUUCAGAAUCUGUGGGUCAUUCUAUCAAUUCACCAUCCCCAUCUUGGACUCAUUCAACUUGGGAAGGGUCCAUGUUUGCAAGUUCAACAAGACCUACACCUGAUACACCCUCACAUUCUCCAGUUCCUGCCGAUGCAGAGAGAUACAGCACCAGCUCUCCCAUUUCUGUCACCUCUAUCUUCACAGUUGCUAAGGAUCCAAUCCCUUCCAGACUAUUUACAACCUCAGGAUCAGUGACUCAUUCAACACCAAGCUCCAACAGUGCUCAACUGUCCACAAUCUCACAGAAAACCUCUGUUUCCUCACUCACACCAGAGAACAGCAUGGAAGAUGGAACUUACACACCCCAUGCCAAACACACAAUCACAUCUAUAUCAGCCUCACCAGAAAAGAAAUCUUUCACAACCAUUAUGCCCAUCAUGGAACAUACUAGACCUUCACCUUCACAGCCAGUCUCAUCUGAAAGCACAGAGACUGAGACAGGCACAGCUUCCUCCCUGAGGACAGCAGGGGCAGAUUUCAGUACACCUGAAGACAUAAAUUCAACCACAGAAUACAGUCCUAGCCAGAGUGGACUGCCCAUGAGCCCUUCCCUUUUUGAGUCUAGGACAGGAGCCAUGUCUAAUGACAGUACAUCGCUUUUAACCCCUCAUCAGUCAACAUCAGAAGAUACUUCCACUGUAAUCUCCACCAGUCUCCCUACCUCAGCCAUCAGUACAGAAUCAGAAGAAAUGACAAGCAGACCCAUGGGACACUCUCUAGUUAUGACAGACAUUUUUACUUACCCAGACAUAUCCAGCACUACCUCAGUCAAGGACACCCACUCCAGUGGAAUGCAUACAUACCCACAUUCAGAAUCCACAGCUCCUUUCAACACUCCUGCUUCAGCAUCAUGGACACUUACUUCUGGGGAAGGGUCUAGGUCUACAGAUUCCACAGCAACAGCAGGGUUACUUUCAGUGACCUCUGGUGCUUCCUUGCCAGACAGACACAGGAGUCACUCUCCUGAUUCUGUGACCUCUGUUUUCACAGUUACCAAGGAUCUAUUCUCAACAGAUUCGCAUACAAGUUCAGAUCCUGUGACUACUUACAUUCCAAGCUGGAGCACCAUUUCUCAGCAUAACUCAAACACUGUACAUACUUCCCAAACCUCAAAGAUGAAUAAAUUUUCCUCAGUCACACCAGGGUCCAACAUGAAAGCCAGCAGUUCUGUACCCCAAUUAAAAGACACCAUCACACCUACAUCAGUGUCAUCUGAAAAUAAAGCUUUCCCCACUACCCUUCCCAUCACCCAAAUAUCUACUCUUUCACAUACACAGCCAACAUCAUUUGAACUUGAAAAGACUGGGACAGAGACAUUUAGCCCCCUGACAACACUGACACAAGCUACAAUACCUGAGAAGCUGCAUUUGAGCACAGAUACCAUUAGUAGCCAUUCUGAAGUGCCUUACAGUUCCCCUCUUCCUGCAUUCAGAACAGUAUCCAUGUCUCCUGAUAACACAAUAUUUCCAAUGCUUCAGCAGUUUACUUCAGAAGAUACCAAGUUUACAGCAGAAGAUAUGUCUAGUGGAGUUGUCACCAAGCUUUAUGGCUCCAACAUCACAGAAUCAGAAGAAAUACGUACCAGCCAGAUUGGGGAUUCUGAAGUGACAUCAAACAUGGCCCUCUCCCCGGAAACAUCACCUGUGUCUUCAGUGUCCCACAAUCUCACUAGUUUCACUCCAGUUCCCCUAGUCACAGAAACAGCCACAUUUGUAAGCCAAAGUUAUGGAGUCCCAUCAAUUACAACUUUUCCAACUCUGAAAGGAAGCCAGCCUGCCAAUUCUCUAGGAUAUCUUGAUGGCUCUACCUUAACUUCUCCUGGUACUUCCACAGUAGAACACAGCACCCCAUCUCCUAGUUCUGUGGUCUCUGCCUUCACCUCUUCUAGGGAGGUAAUCACAACUGGGUUGGAUAUUCAUGAUUUGUCUACUUCACUUCCAAAUUGGAGCAGUAGUACACAUUCAAGCCAAGAGACUUCACAGGUCACCAAAUUCUCACAGACAAGCUCUGCUUCCUCUCUUAAAGCAGAGACAAUAAUGGAAACCAGCAGCUCCAUACCCCAAUCCAAAUUCUCCAUUUCAGAGUCCACUACAGCUGGCAAAGUCUCCACAAAAAGCCCUCUUUAUUUCUCAGCAUCAGAAGACAUCACCACUGGAAGCAUUCCCAGCCGCAUUACCUACCCUAGCACAAAAGAACACAUAGAGUUAACCUCUGUCUUUGAGUCAGGUAAUUCUGGGUCUUUAUUAUAUGAUACCCCAUCCAGGGACACUGCAACCCCUGUUUCUAUGGCAGAGUUUUCUUCACCUGAGCCUCAAACAUCUCCACAUUUAGCACUGAAGUCUCAAUCCAGUAGUUCUGAGGAACAGUCACAUGUAAGUUCUUUACCCAAGGAAAAACACACUUCUUCAGAUUCAACAUCAACUAUGAUUGAGAAAACCACACCUUCACCUGUUAUUUCUACAUCACAAGUACAAAAUGUCUCUUCCCUUAAUUUUGUGACUGUGCUUGUAACUUCUGUUCAAGAGACAAUCUCAAAUGGAAAAGACAAAAGUGUAGCUUCUGGGAGUACCUCAAUCCAAGGCCUGGAUACCACAGAGAUUCCAACCCUAGGUCCUUCAAAUAACAUAAGGAACUUGAAGACAAGUCACAGUUUCUCUAAAAAUCCAACAACUACAGUAAAAACCAAUAGUCCAGAAGUGCAUUCCCAAGCCACUGUUCUAGUUAAUUCAAUUCCAUCAAGAAUUACAACUGCAAUUAUGAAAUCACAAAACAAUUGGGACACAACACUUUCUACAUCAAUGCCCAUAUCUAAACCUGCUCAUACAAAAACUCAGGAAGAUUUCCCCCUAACUUCAGUAAAACAGAAAAUAACCAUGCCUGAAGAUACUAACUUGAUGACAAAAUCCAGUUCUGAUCUUUUCACAGUACUCACUAGGACUUCUACUGGGUUUUCAAGAACAGAAGCUAACUCAACUGAGAGACAAUCUAUUUCAGGCUCUGGAUCCUUCACAGAGACAACAGACAUCUCAAUGGGAAGUACUUCCAGUAUCUCUACACUUUCCUUCCCAGAUAUUGGUAUCAGUCAAGUAAUUAAUGCUGCAGAAUCAUCCAAAAUUACCACUCUUUGGAAUACAUCAGGUACUACUGCUAAUAUUGGGGCCCUCUCUUCAGCAACUCAGACAUUUCUACACCCAGACUCCAUGCCUCGUCUCAGCAGUUCUGAGUCACUGUCAUGGACAGGUACUCCAUCCCAUGAAGCAACUCCCUCUGUGAAUUCUGCAGAAAUACCUGGGACAACAUCAUUUCCUGCUACUUCCACAUCAGAAGGACAAAGUCUCUCCUCUCCUGCUUCUAUGGCCCCCAUAUUCUCUUUUGGGCAAACAACUACAAAGGAGUUGGACACAAACUUAGCUUCUUUUACAACUUUAUUUCCAAGCUGGAGAAACAGUGAGUUAGCCACUUCAGAGGACACCAGAACCUCUCAAACAUCUCACUCUUUCACCAGAACUGAAGUAUCCAGUGUGGACAUAACCACUCCUGGACCCCAGUUCCAAAACACUGUAUCAUUUGAUGCUGCUUCACCAGAUGGUACUGCCUCUUCAUUGUUGACAUUACCAACAAAGACAUUACCUUCUUCUGCUUUCUCUCUAUCAUCACCUAGUUCAAACCCCACUUCUUUUCCUGAGACAUCAUUCCCCACCUUUGAGUCUUUUAAGACAACAGAUACAUUGAGCAGAAGCUUGGAAACUGGAACAAGUUCACCUCCUAAUUUGAGCACCACUUCACAUGAAAUAUUGGGCUUAUCUGAUGUGACUACUGAUACAGAAAAUUUUCAUACUUCCUCAAAAUUCAAAGUAACAAACACAAAGACCAUCAGUAUGGGACAUGAGCUAAGUUCCUCUAUACCAACACCCCCUGAAUCAUUCAGGGACACCUAUACAAUGGGUACUUCUUCUUCCAUAUGGGUGACUUCUAUGUCCACACCAUUGCCUGCCUAUUUAGAGACUACAAGAUCUGAUACUGAGCAAUUUUCCCAUUCAACUUCUGGACUGAGGGACACUAGCAUGUCCCUACAAGCAAAGAUACCUUCAGCUCCUGUGUCCACUCUCAUUUUGCCAGUUUCUGAGAGUGCUGUCAUCACUCCUGCUAUGACCAUGUCAACUCCACAUCAGACUCCAUCUUCACAGUUUACUGAAGCUCUGGUAGAAACAGUCACUACCUUAAAUCCUUCUUCAUCUAUUGUAGAGUCUACUGGGGUAACAUCCUCCCCAGAAUCCAAUUUUACUAUGCCUUCAUCGGAAAGUACUCAUGUUCCAGGAACUGAUAUGUUACCUUCAGACGAGACCACUUUUAUUGAAACAACAACCCUUUCUCCGACAGAAGAGAUGGCUUCACUUGCCACAACUAGCAUUGCAAAAGGCAGCUCAGCUGUGACUUCUAGCAGUCCUCUUUCUAUUACAAAAUCAAGUCAUGGAGAUGUUUUGAUUUCCACCAUUGUAGAAAAGCUACCUUCUUCAGCUUCUACACCACUGCCUUUUCCUGCUUCCACUGGCACUGACUUUACAAGCAGCCCAGCCCUCCACAGGAUUACUCCUACAGAAACAGAAAACAGCGCACAGUCCCACACAGAGAUACCUGAUGGAGCUGCCCAUGGAGACACUGCUGGCCUAGGAAAUGGCCCUCUGGCUUCUACAUCACCUGCUAGCCCUAAAGAGCUAACCACAAAAGGGACAGUAAAAGUGGAGACCACUGCCACAUCUCUGAAGGCUACUUCCAUUGCCACUUCAACCACCAAAAUCCCUACUACAACUUCAAGACCCUUGAGUCACCUCAAGACACCAGAGAAAAUAGGCAACAUAAACACAACAGAGAUGAUUAUCACAGCCUCAGAUACUUCCCAUGAUGUCCUAGGGACAGCAGCAUCAUUUCCUACAGGCUCUGGAGAAAACACUAGCAUGGUCCUCAGGACAAGACCAUCAUCUUACAGUAAAGAACCAGAGAGCACAGCCCUAUUGAUCCCCAGUCUUAGGACAGAGACCAGCCCAGAUGUUCAUACUUUGAACAUCUCCUCUGGUGAGUCUGAUACAGUCUCAUGGGUCACCCAUCCUUUAGAGAUUACUUCACCUGUUGCCAAGAUAACCAUGAAUAUUUCUCAAGGUGAAUCUGAUUCCAUUGUGUCCACAGCCACCACUCCCAGAGGAGAAGUCACUUCAACUUUUCCAACAUUAACUGCUUUAUCUACUAUACCAGAUUUGGCAACCUCACUGAUUAGCAGACCUGAAGAAAACACCAGUAUGUUUAUUUCAACUCUUACUGACUCCCUGAGUAAACCAAAGACAACAGCCUCUGGGGUCACCCAUCCUGGGAUGGAGGUAGAUUAUUCUAUUGCCAGCACUUUUUCUACUGACACAUCAGGAAUGGCAACCUCACUGGAUAUUAAUUCUGGAGCAGACACCAAGCCAGCUCUCCAAAGUCUGACUGCUGCCCCUGGUGAGUCAGAUACAACAGCCUCAGUGGUCAUGCACCUUUCACAGAGCAGAAUCCCUGUUUCUGAAAAUAUUCUUGACAUUUCCAAUGGUGAAACUGCUACUACCACACUCUCAAUGGAUACUACCCAUGGGACAGAAGUCAUUCCAAUCAUUCCAACCACUACUACAUCACCUACUAUAACAGGAUUGAGAACCUCACUGGUCAUUAGUUCUCAGACCAGACAGAAAAAUACUAGUGCAUCAACUAUGACUCCUGCUGGUGAACCAGAGUCCACUGACACACUUGCCACUGAUCUUGAAGCAUGGGAAACCACAGCUAUUCUAAAUACAACUACUUUGACUGCUAUAUCAGGAAAGGUAAUGGAGUCAACCACUUCACCUUUGAUUGCUUUUCCAGAUCAACUGUUUAAUACAACCUCUUGGAUCACCCGGACUGGGACAGAAGUCACUUCAACCAUUUCUACUGUGAAUAUUUCCUCUGGUGAGCCAAAUACAACAGUAUCGGGGAUUACCCAUGCUACAGAGACAAGCUUUACUGUUCCUAAGACAGCCCUAACAUUUUCACAUGGUGGAUCAUAUUUGACAUUGUCAACAGCCACAAGUACUGGGGAAGAAGCCAGCUCUGCCCUGCCAACUACAGUGACUGCACCUGGUGUACCAAAUACAAUGACCUCACUGCUCACUAGUUCUAGAGCAGUGACCAGUACAAGUACUCCAUCUUUGACUGUUCCUUUUUCUAAACCAGAAACAACAGCCACAUUUGCUACCCAUGCUGGAUCCCAGAUAAGUUCAGCUAUUACAAUUCCAGCUAAUUCUCCUACUUUACCAGGAAUGUUGACCUCACUCAUAACCAGUUCUGGAACAAAAAGAAGUCUGUCUCCAACUUUGACUGUUUCCACGGGUCAAUCAGAGACCACCAUUCCUUGGACCAUUCAUCUUGAGGCAAAGUCCAGUUCAGCUGUCCCAACUUCAGCUGUUUUUCCUGGUGAGCCAGAUACAACAAUUUCAUUAGUCACUCCUGAUGAAGCGAUCAGCCCUACAGUUCUGAAGACAGCCCCAGGUUUUUCUCACCAUGGAUUAAAUGUUACACCCUCAGUGGCUUCCAGUCUUGGGACAGAAACAAAUUUAGCUGGCUCAUCUUCUGUUUUUUCACCUGAGGUGUCAGAGGUUCUGACCUCACUGACUACUAGUUUUUCAACAGUAACUAGUGAAAGUACUCCAUCUCCGUCUAUUUCUGAUGACGAGUCAGAUACCACAGUAUCAUUGGUCAGCCACCAGAGGCCCCAGAUGAAUUUAACCAUUGCUAUUCUGACUGUCUCCCCUAAUGUUCCAGAGAUGAUGUCACAUGCCACUAGUAGUGAAAUAAAAACAAAUCUAUUUCCAACUCAGGUUUCUUUCCCAAGUCAGCCAGAGACCACUGCUUCAGAAGUCAGCCAUCCUGGAGAUGAAACUAGUUCUGAGGUUCCAACUGGGACUGGAACCCUCAGUGAGCCACAUGAAACAGGGUCUUUUGUCAACUAUCAUUCAAAGGAUAUUCCAACUCUUCCCAAUAUAAGGCCAAGUUUUUCUCAUAUGGAUUCAGCCACUUCACCUCCUGUAUCCACCACAAUUAUUGGUCCAGAAGCGAGUUCAGCUGUUCUAACCACAACUAUCUUACCUGUUGCCCCUGAUAUGGUGACUUCACAUGUCCCUAGUUCUGGUACAGAUCUAAGAACAGCUAAAUCAAUUCCAAUUCUUCAUUCUUCUGAACCACGGACCAUAGUUUCCCUGGCAACCAAUGCAGGGGAAGAAGCAAGUUCAGCCAUUUCUACUUCAGGUGUCAGCACUCUAGGUGUAACAGAAGUGAAGACAUCACUGGUCUCCAAUUCUGGGGCAGAGACACAUGCAACCACUCCAAUUCCAGCUCUUUCCCCAAGUGAACCAGACACCAUAGCCUCAUGGGUCACUGACUCUGGCAGAGAAGGCACUUCAGAUAUUUUAACUCUAUCUACUUUACCUGAUGGGACAGAUGAAACAGAAUCAUGGGGUCCUCAUUCUUCAGAGAAUAACCUAACAGUCCUCCCGAUAACUCCAGAUGUUUCCAAUACUGUAUCAGGUAGUUUACCCUCAAUGGCCACCAGUUCAGAGACAGAAAACAAAUCAGAUUUUUCAACUUCUACUUUGUCACCUACUGUAUCAGAAGUACUGACUUCACUUGUCCCUACUUUUAGGACAGUCACCAGCACCACUAUUCCAACUUUGACUCUUUCUUCUGAUAAACCAGAGACAGGAGUCUCAAUGAUCACUCGUACUGGGCUACAGAAAACUUCAUCCUUUCCAACUACAACUGCUUCCUCAGAUUUACUUGGGAUAAUGACUUCACUAGUCCCUAGUUCUGAGAUAUACACCAGUACAAUUUCCCCAACAAUAUCAAGUUAUUCACAAGAACUGGAAAAAACAACAUCACAAGUAACCCUUUCUGCCAUUUCAGAAGAUAGUUCUGUUACAACUCUUACUGCUAUACCAGGUGAAUCAGGUACAUCAGCCUCAUUUGUUCCCAAUCCUGAAGAGAUCAGCUCCAGUGUUCCAAGGACAAGCACAAGUUUUCCCCAUGUUGAAUUUCAUACCACACCCCCAACAACUACCACUAAUGAACAGGAAGCCAGAUCAUCUGCUCCAACUAUAGAUAUCUCAUCUAGCAUUCCAGAUUCGAUAACCUCAGAAGGCCACACUUCUGGGGAAGGUACAAGAACAUCCAAACCAAUCCUGACGCCUCAACCUUCUGAGCCACAUACCAAAAUUUCUCUGAUCUCUCAUUCUGGGGGAAAAACUAGUUCACCCAUGUCUACUGUUGCUGUCUCUCCAGGUGUCUCUACCUCUGAGACAGGAAUCCAUACCAGAAAUUGGACUAUUUCCCCAGGUCAACCAAAGACCACAACCUCAUGGACCAUGAAUCCUGGAAUAGAAGUGAAUUCAAGGGUGCUAACUACAACAAUCUCACCUAGUGUUCUAGACAUGGUGACCUCAAAAUCUGUGAACCAAAUGCCUAAAUUACAGACCACAAUUUCAUUGUUAACCGAUGCUGGAGAAGAGCUCAGUUCGGCCAUGUCUACUCUGACUGUCUCUCCAGGUAUAACAGAAGUGACCACAUCACUGCUCAAUAACUUAAGUACAGAAAACCAUGUAACAACUUCAACUCUAACUUCUUCCCCAAGACUACGAGAGACAACAACAUCUUGGAUCAACAACCCUGAAAAAGAAGCAGCCAUUUCAGGGAUUCAAACUACAAACUCAAUAUCUAGUGUUACAGACAUGAUGACCUCAACCAUCCUGAACCACACUCCUGCUAAACCACAGAAGACAGCAUCAUUGGACACUCAUGCUGGGAGACAACACAGUUCAGCCAUGAAUAGCAUGGCAGUCUCACAGGGUAUAACAGAAGUGAUAUCAUGGGUCAAGAGCUUGGGCACAGAAAGCCACAGAAUGACUUCAAAUACAGCUUUAUUCCCCAUACAACCAGAGGUUAUAACACCAGGAGUAACCCAUCCUGGAAGAGAAGGUACUUCAGGGGUUCUAUCUACAACCAUUGAACCUAGUGUGCCAGAAAUGAUGACCUCACCAACUCUUAUUCCUCCUGAUCCAUAUACUAAAGUUACAUUGGUCACCAACAUUGUGGAACAGUCUAGUUCAGCCAUGUCUACAAGGCCUGAUCUUCCACAUACAACAGACAUGAUACCAUUACUUGUCACUACCUCAGGCACAGAAAGCCAUUCAGUGAUUUCAACUUUAGCUGUUUCCCAAGAUCAACCAGAGACCACAGUCCAAUGGGUUACACACCCGGGAAAAGAAGAUACUUCAGGGGUUCUAAGUACAAUGACCUUACCUCCUGUUCCAGGCAAGAUGACCUCAACAAUUCUGUCCCAGACUCCUUCUGAAGCACAGACAAUAACAUCAUUGGUCACACAUCCUGGUGGACACCUCAAUUCAUCCAUGUCUACUCAGGCUGUCUCUUCAGGGGUAACAGAAAUGAUGACAUCACAGGCCACUACUUCUGGGACAGAGGCACAUGGAACCAGUCCAGCUCUCAUUGUUUCCCUGGGUCAAACAGAGUCCACAGCCUCAUGGACAACACAUGCAGAAAGAGAAGACACUUCAGGUAUUCUACCUAAGUCCAUUUCAACUGGUGUUCCAGAUCUUGUUACUUCCACAACUCCUAUUCCUUCUGAAUCACAUUCCACAGUUUCAUUUGUCACCCACAUUGGUGAACAGCCCAAUUCGGCCAUGUCUGCUGAGGCUGUCUCUUCAGGUGUAACAGGAAUGAUACCAUCACUGGCCACUAGCUCUGGCACAAAAAACUAUUCAACAGCUACAACUCUGGCAGUGUCCACAGAUCAACCAGGGACCACAGCCCCAUGGGUCACCCAGCCCAGAAAAGAAGGCACUUCAGAGGAUCUAUCUACAACUGUCCCUGAUACCACAGCCCAAUUGGUCACCCAUCCUGAAAGAGAAGCCACAUCACAGGUUCCACCUACUACCAUUUUGACUGGUGUUCCAGAAAUGAUGUCCACAACAACUCUUAUUUCAGCUGAACAACAGAGUGCAGUGUCAUUAGUCACCCAUAUUGAGGGACAGUCCAGUUCAACCAUGUCUACAAGUCAUGUCUCUCCAGAUAUUACAGAAAUGAUACCAUCAACGGUCACUAGCUCAAGCACAGAAAGUCAUUCUAUGACUCCAAAUCUGGUUGUUUCCCCAGAUCAAAGAGGGUCCACAGUCCCAUGGGUCAUCAAUCCUGGAAAAGAACACUUUUCAGGAAAUUUAUCUGCAACUGUCUCACCUAGUAUUCCAGACAUGACCUCAACAACUGUGAUCCACACUCCUUCUAAACCACAGACCAUAACAUUGCUCACACAUUCUGGAGGAUAUCCCAGUUCAUCCCUGUCUACUCAGGCUGUCUCUUCAGGUGUAAGAGAAAUGCCACCAUCAUUAGUCACUAGCUUGGGAACAGGAAGCUAUGUAAUUACUUCAACUCUGGAUGUUUCCAAAGAUCAGCCUGAGACAACAGCUCCGUUGAUCACCCAUCCGGAAGAAGAUGCAACAUCAGGGGUUCCACCUACAACAAUUUCAACUAGUGUUCCAGAAAUGAUGUCCACAACUACUCUUAUUCCUUCUGAACCAUAUAACACCAUGUCAUUCAUCACUCACAAUGAGGAACAGCCCAGUUCAAUAUUGUCUACAAGUCCUGUCUCUGUGGGUAUUACAGACGUGAUACCAUCACUGGGCAUUAGCUUAAGCACAGAGACCCAUUCCAUGACUUCAACUCUGGGUGCAUCUACAGAUCAACUAGGGACCACAGCCCCAUUGGACAUGUAUCCUGGAAAAGAAGGUUCCUCAGGCCAUCUAUCUAUUACCAAUUCAUCUAGUAUUCCAGGCAUGAUGACCUCAACAAUUCUGGCCCAGACUCCUUCUGAAGCACAGACAAUAACAUCAUUGGUCAAUCAUGCUAAUGGACACCUCAGUUCAUCCAUGUCCACUCAGGCUUUCUCUUCAGGUGUAACAGAAAUCAUGACAUCACCAGCCACUACUCCUUGGACAGAGACACAUGAAACCAGUCCAGCUCUACUUGUAUCCUCAGGACAAACAGAAACCACAGCCUCAAGGGUGACUUCUGCUAAAUGGAAAGAUACUUCAGGUGUUCUAACUACUACUAUUCCACCUAAUGUACCAGACCUUGUUAUUUCCACAACUCUUAUUCCUACUGAACCACAUUCUAUAGUUUCAUUUGUCACCCAUAUUGGUGAACAGCCCAAUUCAGCCAUGUCUACUCUGGCUGCCUCUCCAGGUAUAACAGAAAUGAUAACAUCACUGGCCACUAGCUCUGGCACAAAAACCAAUUCAACAGCUACAACUCUGGCAGUGUCCACAGGUCAAACAGGGACCACAGGUUCAUGGGUCACCCAUUCUGAAAAGGCAGACACUUCAGAUGUUAUAACUACAACCCUCUCACCUAGUGCUCCAGAGAAUAUAACCUCAACAAUUCUGACCCACACUCCUUCUAAAACACAGACCACAAUAUCAGUGGUUACCCAUGCUGAGGCACAACCCAGUUUAUCCAUGACUACUCCGGCUGUCUCUUCAGGGGUAACAGAAAUGAUGACAUCACAGGCCACUACUUCUGGGACAGAGGCACAUGGAACCAGUCCAGCUCUGGUUGUUUCCCCGGAUCAAACAGAGACCACAGCCUCAUGGACAACACAUGCAGUAAGAGAAGACACGUCAGGUGUUCUACCUAACUCCAUUUCAACUGGUGUUCCAGAUCUUGUUACUUCCACAAUUCCUACUCCUUCUGAAUCACAUUCCACAGUUUCAUUUGUCACCCACAUUGUUAUAACAGAAAUGAUACGAUCAGUGGUCCCUAGCUCUGACACAAAGAACUCUUCAACAGCUACAACUCUUAAAGUUUCCACAGAUCAACCAGGAAUUACAACCCCAUUGGUCACCCAUCCUGGAAAGGAAGAUACUUUAGAGAUUUUAUCUACAACUCCCUCACCUAGUGUUCCAGACAUGAUGACCUCAACAACUCUGAUCUAUGCUCCUUCUGAACCACAGACCAUAACUUCAUUAGUCACACAUCCUGGUGGGCACUUCAGUUCAUCCAUGUCUACUCAGGCUGUCUCAUCAGGUGUAACAGAAAUGCCACCAUCACUAGUCACCAGCUUGGGCACAGAAAACUAUGUAAUGACUACAACUCUUGCUGUUUCCAAAGAUCACCCUGAGAUAACAGCUCCGUUGAUCACCCAUCCGGAAGAAGAUGCAACAUCAGGGCACAAUCCUCCUGAAACACAGACAACAAUAUCAGUGGUUACCCAUGCUGAGGCACAACCCAGUUUAUUCAUAUCUACUGAGGCUCUCUCUUCAGGUAUAACAGAAAUGAUACCAUCAGUGGUCCCUAGCUCUGACACAAAAAACUAUUUAACAGCUACAACUCUUGAAGUUUCCACAGAUCAACCAGGCACUACAGUCCCAUUGGUCACCCAUCCUGGAAAGGAAGAUACUUUGGAGAUUCUAUCUACAACUCUCUCACCUAGUGUUCCAGACAUGAUGACCUCAACAACUAUGAUCCAUGCUCCUUCUGAACCACAAACCAUAACAUCAUUAGUCACACAUCCUGGUGGGCACUUCAGUUCAUCCAUGUCUACUCAGGCUGUUUCUUCAGGUAUAGCAGAAAUGCCACCAUCACUAGUCACUAGCUUGGGCACAGAAAGCUAUGCAAUGAGUACAACUCUGGUGGUUUCGCCAGGUCAAACAGAGACCACAAGCCAAUGGCUCACCCAUCCUGGAAGAGAAGGCACUUCAGAGGUUCUAUUUACAACUAUCUUACCUACUGUACCAGAAAUGAAGACUUCACCAACUCUUAUUCCUUCUGAACCACAUACCACAGUUUCAUUGGUCACCAACACUGGGGAACAGCCCAGUUCAGCCAUGUCUACAAGGCCUGUCUCUUCUGGUAUAACAGAAAGAAUACCAUCACUAGUCACUAGUUCUGGCACAGAUAUACAUCCAAUGACUUCAACUCUGGCUGUUUCCCCAGGUCAAACAGAGUCCACAGCCCCAUGGGUCACCCAUCCUGAAAAAGAAGACACUUCAGGAGUUCUAACAUCAACCAUCUCACCAAGUGUUCCAGACAUGAUGGCCUCAACAUCUCUGAACCACAUUACUUCUGAACCACAGACCAUAACAUUGGUCACCCAUACUUGGGGACAUACCAGUUUAUCCAUGUCUACUCAGGCUGUCUCUCCCCAUGUAACAGAAAUGAUACCAUCACUAGUCACUAGCACUGGCAUGCCAGAAAUGACCUCACCAAAUCAUAUUUCCUCUGAAGCACAUGCCACAAUUUCUUUUGUCACCCAUGUUGAGGGACAGCCCAGUUCAGCUCUAUCUACAAGGCCUGUGUCUCCCCAUAUAACAGAAAUAAUACCAUCACUAGUCACUAGCUCUCACCUAGAAAGGGAUUCAGUGUCUUCCACUCCAACUGCUUCUUCAGGUCAACCAGAGACCACAGCCUCUUGGGUCACCCAUUCUGUAACUGAAGCUACUUUGAAUAUUCUAAGGACAUCUGCCUCUCCUAGUGUUACAGACAUGAUGUCCUCCCCAACUCUUUUUUCUUCUGAACCACAUACCAUGAUAUCCUUGGUCUCCCAUGUUGAUGAACAGCCCAGUUCAGCCAUGUCUACAAGCCCUGUCUCUCCAGGUAUAACAGAAAUGAUGACAUCACCAGUCACUACUUCUGAGACAGAGACACAUACAACUACUCCAACUCUGACUGUUUCCUCAAGUCAAACAAGGACCACAGCCUCCUGGGUCACCCAUCCUGGAAAAGAAGCAACUUCAAUUUCUACUUUGUCUGCUUCACCUGGUGAGCCAAAAAGAACUGAAACAUGGCUCAUUACUUCUGCCAAGCCCAGUACACCACUCUCCACAACACCUCCCACAUUUUCUUAUAGUGGAUCAAACAUCACUUCCUCAGCUUCUGGGGCAGAGACCACUCCAAGUACAACCUUUUCAUCUGGUGCUUCUGAAGGAACAACCUCUCUCCCAGUCCUCUCUGGGACCGAGACCAGCACUGCCAUUCUAACUGUAACCCCUGCUUUAGCGGGCACCACAGGCUUAGGGGCUUCCAUCUCUUCAGCAGAAUCCACUCUGACUGUGUCCCCUAGUGUCCCUGGGUUGCCCAGUGCUCCUACAACCAGUAAACCUGGCAAUGCAACUUCACAGAGCCUAGAAACCUCAGCAUCUGUCACUACAGUUAGACUUCCCAAUUUUGUCAGUGAUGUAAUGACCGUGACACCAUCAGAGUCCUCAGCAAGCCCACUCACUGACCUGGAAACUACAAGUGAGACUUCUCAUUUAGCGAUCACGAGUUCAAGACCCACUGGCUCUAAGACCACAACUACACUACAUGCAAGUUCUUAUGCCCCUCUGACCACAUCUAAAAUGUCCACAUGGUCCUCUGAGAAUGUGACUUCAGGACCAGGUACAACCCCAUCUCUGGGACACUUCACCCUCAACUUCACUAUAACCAACCUGCGCCAUAGAGAGGGCAUGGGAUCCCAAGGAUCUGAAAUAUUCAACAGCACAGAGAGAAUCUUGAAUCGAUUGCUCAAGCCCAUGUUCGAGAAUACCAGUAUCGGGCACCUUUAUUCUGGUUGUAGACUGAUCUUGCUGAGGCCUGAGAAAGAUGGAACAGCCACUGGAGUGGAUGCUGUCUGUACUCACCAUUCUGAUCCCACGGGCCUUACGCUGGACAGAGAGAAGCUGUACUGGGAAUUUAGUCAUAAUACCCAUGGUGUCACCAAGCUAGGAUCCUUUGCUUUAGAAAAGGACAGUCUGUACAUCAAUGAUUUUACACAUCGAACCUCUGCUUCCACUCCCAACACACCUGUGACCUCUUCUCUGUUUUUCACAGGGACCUCCACCGAACACCCUAACCUCUCUACAGUGGCCACGCCUGUCAUUGACCAGUUCACCCUCAACUUCACCAUCACCAACCUGGAGUUCAAGGAAUACAUGCUGUACCACGGCUCCAGGAAAUUCAACACUCUGGAGCGAGUCCUCCAGCACCUGCUCAAACUCCUGUUCAAGACCAGCAGUCUGGGACCCCUCUAUUCAGGCUGUGCACUGGUGGCACUCGGGUCUAAGAAGGAUGGAACAGCCACCAAAGUGGAUGCCAUCUGCACAUAUCACCCUGACCCCAAAGGCCACAGAUUGAACAGGGAGCAGCUAUACUGGGAGCUGAGUAGGUUGACUCAUAGUGUCACCAGAUUGGAUCCCUACACCCUGGACAGGGACAGCCUCUAUGUCAAUGGUUUCACCCAUCAGAGCUCUGCGCUUAUCACCACCGUGACCCAUUCCCUGGUGCCUUUUACCCUCAACUUCACCAUCACAAAUCUACACUACACACCAGUUAUGAAACACCCCGGAUCCUUAAAGUUCAACAAAACGGAGAUAGUCCUGCAGCACCUGCUUGCUGCUGUGUUCAAGAAUACCACCAUUGGUCCACUGUACUCUGGGUGCCAGCUGACCUUGCUCACGCCUGAGAAGGAUGGAUCAGCCACUGGAGUGAACAUGAUCUGUACCCAUCAAUCUGAGCCCACAGGCAUGGGGCUAGACCCAAAGCAGCUGUACUGGGAGCUGAGUCGUGAGACCCAUGGAAUCACCCAGCUAGACUUUAUGACCCUGGACAAGAGCAGCCUUUAUGUCAAUGGUGAGUGGGUGAGCAGCUGCAAACUGCCUUCCCCAGGGAGUUCAUUAGCCACAUUCACAGAGGAAACAGCAGCUCAGUGUGUCUUUCUCCCACUCCCCACUGUAGUGCCAAUCUCUCCUCUGGUGCCUUUCACCAUCAACUUCACCAUCACUAACCUCAAGUAUGAGGACAGCAUGCGUCACCCUGGGUCCUGGAAGUUCAAUUCCACUGAGAGAAUCCUACAGAGACUGCUCUGGUCUUUGUUCAAUAAGACGAGUAUUAGCGUCCUGUAUUCUGGCUGCAGACUGAUCUCACUCAGGCCUGAGAAAGACAAAGCAGCCACAGGAGUAGAUGCUAUCUGUACUCACCAUCCAGACCCCACUGGAUCUGAGCUGGACAAUGAGCAGGUGUACUGGGAACUGAGUGAGCUGACCAACGAUAUCAGUGAGCUGGGCCCUUACAUCUUAGACCACAACAGCCUUUACAUCAAUGGUUAUACACACCAGAUCCUGUCCACCACAUCCAUGACAGCAGGCCCUGUCCUGGUACAUUUUACUAUCAACUUCACCAUAAUUAACUUGGCAUUUGAGGAGGACAUGAGUCACCCUGGAUCCAGAAAGUUCAAUAUCACUGAGAGAACCCUGCAGAGCCUGCUGAGGCCCUUGUUCCAAAAGUCCAGUGUGGGUUCCCUGUAUUCUAGCUGUGUACUGACCUCACUCAGAUCUGAAAAUGAUGGUGCAGGCACAGGAGUUGAUGCUGUCUGCACUUACCAUUCUGACCCCACUGGCCCAGGACUGAACAGAAAGACGAUGUAUUGGGAGCUCAGCAGGCUGACCUAUGGUGUCAGCAGACUGGGUCCUUACACUCUGGACAAGAACAGUCUCUAUGUCGAUGGUUACACACAUCAAAUCCUGUCUACCACCACCAGAACUUCUAUGAUGACCACUGCUUCUAUGGAGAUGACUGCCAACUCUCCCAGCCCUACAGUAGUAAGUCCCCUUCCAGUGCCUUUUACCAUCAACUUCACUGUUAUUAAUCUGGAGUAUGUGGAGGACAUGGGUCACCCAGGAUCCAGGAAGUUCAAUGCCACUGAGAGAAUCCUGCAGAGACUGCUCAGGGCGUUGAUUGGUAAAACCAGGGUUGGCCCACUGUACACUGGAUGCAGACUGACAUUGCUCAGGCCUGAGAACAAGGGAACAGCCACGGGAGUAGAUGCCAUCUGCACCUACCACCCCAACACCUCUAAUCAACAGCUGAAUAGAGAACAUCUGUACUGGGAGCUGAAAAGAUUGAAUGAUGGCAUCAUGCAGCUAGGACCUUACACCCUGGACCAGAACAGUCUCUAUGUCAAUGGUUAUACACAGCACAUUCUGGCCACCACCCACAGAACAUCAGUAAUGGCCACUGUUUCUGAAGAAAUGCCAAAUAUUUCCUCCACUCCCACAGCAGCAGGCCCUGUCCAGUUGCUUUUCAGCAUCAACUUCACCAUCAUUAACCUGGAGUUUGAGGAGGACAUGAGUCACCCUGGAUCCAGGAAGUUCAAUAUCACUGAGAGAACCCUGCAGAGCCUGCUCAGGCCCUUGUUCAAAAAAAUCAGUGUUGGUCCAUUGUAUUCUGGCUGCAGACUGACCUUGCUCAGGUCUGAGAACAAUGGAGCAGCAACAGGGGUGGAUGCCGCCUGUACCUACCACCUAGACUCUGCUGGCCACAGGCUGGAAAAUGAGCAGAUAUACAGGGAGCUGAGCAGUCUGACCAAGGGGGUCACCGAACUAGGCCCAUACAUCCUGGACCAGCACAGUCUCUAUGUCAAUGGUUACACCCACCAGAUCCUGACUACCACCCCCAGAACUUCAAGCUCUGCUCUGCUGCUGUAUACUCUUAACUUCACCAUCACCAACCUACCCUACACGAAAGACAUGUGGGGCCCAGGAUAUGCCAAGUUCAACAAAAUGGAGAAAAUCUUGCAGCUUCUGCUCAGACCUUUGUUCCAAAACACCAGUAUUGGCCUACUGUAUUCUGGUUGCAGACUGACCUCACUCAGGCCAAAGAAGAAUGGAGAGGCUACCAAAGUAGACAUGGUUUGCGCUUACCACCAAUAUUCCACAGGCACUGAUCUGAACAGGGAGCAACUAUACUCAGAACUAAAAGAGCUCACCCACAGCAUCACUCAACUGGGUCACUAUAUCCUGGACCAGAAUAGUCUCUAUGUCAAUGGUUACACACACCAGAUCGUAGUAACCAGCACCAGCACUAUGCAAUCACCCUUGGUAUUAUUUACCCUCAACUUCACCAUCACCAACCUAUUUUAUGAGGAGGACAUGCAGCCCCCAGACUCCAAGAAGUUUAACACCACAGAGAGGAUCCUGCAAAGCCUACUUGAGUCCUUGUUCAGAAACACCAGCAUAGGCCCUUUGUAUGCUGGCUGCAGACUGACUUUGCUCAGUCCCAGGAAGGAUGGAGAAGCCACUGGAGUGGACACAGUUUGCACCUAUCACCCUGACCACAUAGGUCAGGGCCUGGCCAGAGAGCAACUGUACUUGGAGCUGAGCAAGCUGACCCAUGGUGUCACUCAGCUGGGCCCCUACACUCUGGAUCAGGACAGUCUCUAUGUUAAUGGUUAUACCCAUCCAGCCUCAGAUACCAUCCUUAACAACAAUGGUACUGUCAUGGUACCCAUAACUCUCAACUUCACCAUCACCAACUUGCACUAUACAGAGGAGAUGGGAAAUCCAGGUUCCUUGAAGUUCAACUCCACUAAGCGGGUCUUACAUUAUUGGCUUGAGACCUUGCUCAAUAAGACCAGCAUUGCCCCACACUAUUCUGGAUGCAGAUUGUCUUCACUCAGGUCUGACAACUAUGGAGCAGCCACAGGAGUGGACAUAAUCUGUACCUUCCACUCUGACACCAUGAGACCUGGGUUAGACCGAGAUCAGCUAUUUUGGGAGUUGAGUCAUGAGACCCAUGGCAUCACCCGUCUGGGCCCCUACACCCUGGACCAGAACAGUCUCUACAUCAGUGGUUACCAUUUUGGAGCUGCAGCCCCAGCAACCACCACUGGGGAAGUCAGUGAGGAGAUGUUCACAGUGAACUUCACCAUCAACAACCUACGCUACUCAGCCGACAUGGGCCAGGUUGGCUCCCCCAAGUUCAACAUCACGGAUACACUUAUGCAGCACCUGCUCCGCCCUUUGUUUCAGAGGAGCAGCCUUGGCCCCCUAUACACAGGCUGUAGAGUAGCCACUCUGAGGUCAGUGAAGAAUGGUGCCCAGACCCAGGUAGAUGUCCUUUGCACCUACCACCGGGUUCCCACUGGUCUGGGACUGCCUGCCAAAUCAGUUUUCUAUGACCUAAGCUGGCAGACCCGUGGAAUCGCCCGGCUGGGUCCUUACUCCCUGGAUAAAGACACCCUUUACAUCAAUGGUUACAAUGAACCUGGUCCAGAUGUCCCUCCGACAACUCCAGAACCAGCCACCACCAUCUUGCCCUCCCCAUCAACAUCUCUACAGCCAGAGUCCAAUACAGCUAUGUGGCACCACCUGGAAACCUUCACAAUCAACUUCACCAUCUCCAACCUUCCAUAUUCAGCAGACAUGAUCAGUGGCUCAGCCAUGUUCAACUCCACUGAGAAUGUCCUACAGCACCUGCUUGGGCCCCUGUUCCAGAAUAGCUCCUUUAACUCAAGUUGCAGACUGACCUCCCUCAGUCCUGAGAAGAAUGGGACAUUCACAAGUGUGGUUACCACCUGCACCUACCAGCAUGACCCUGCACGUCCUGGAAUGGAUACACAGGGUCUGUACUCAGAACUGAGCCACCUGAGCCAUGGAGUCACCCAACUGGGAAACUAUACACUGGAGAAGCAUAGCCUCUAUGUGAAUGGUUAUAAUGAACUUGGUCCAGACAUACUUACUACAACUCCUGAGCCAAGCACCACCAUCCCGUCUUUUACACUGACAUCUGUGCAGCCAGAAUCCACCACAGCUGUGGAGCAUCAUCUGAAGACUUUCACAAUCAAUUUUACCAUCUCUAAUCUUCCAUAUUCAGAAGAUAUGAGCUAUAGUUCAGCCGUGUUCAAUUCCACUGAGAGUGUUCUACAGCACUUGCUUAGACCCUUGUUCCAGAAUAUAUUCUUCAACUCAAGCUGCAGACUGACCUCCCUCAGACCUGAGAAGAAUCAAAACUCCACUAGUGUAAAUGUCAUUUGCUCCUACCAACAUGAUUCUGCACAUCCUGGGUUGCACACACAGGAGAUAUAUUCAGAGCUGAGCCAUCUGACCCAUGGAGUCACUCAGCUGGGCAAUUAUACAUUGGACGAAAAUAGUCUCUAUGUGAAUGGUUACAGUGGAACUGGUACAGAAGAAUCAACCAUGAAUCCUGAAUUGACCACUACCAUACUACCUUCUCCAUCAAUAUCUGUGCAAACAGAAUCUACCACAGCUGUGGGGCAUCAUAUGAAGACUGUCACAGUGAGUUUCAUCAUUUCCAACCUUCCAUAUUCAGCAAGUAUGAACAAUGGCUCAGCUCUGUUCAAUUCCACUGAGACUCUCCUGAAGAACCUGUUGGAACCCUUGCUCCAUAAUGUUUUUUUCAACUCAAGUUGCAGACUAGAUUCCCUCAGGGCUGAGAAGAAUGGAACAGCCACUGGUGUGGAUGCUAUCUGCACCUACCACCAUGACCCUUCACUUCCUGGGAUGGAUACCCAGGGACUGUACUCAAAACUGAGCAACAUGACACAUGGAAUAACCCAUCUGAGCAACUAUACACUGGACAAAGAGAGUCUAUAUGUCAAUGGUUAUAAUAAACCUGCUCCAGAAGAACAUCCUAUAACUCCUGAGACAUCCACCACUAUCCUACCAUCCACAUCUACAUCUCUGCAGCCAGAACCUUACACAGCAAUGGGGCACCAUCUGGAGAUCCUAACAAUCAACUUCACCAUAACCAAUCUUCCAUAUUCAUCAAAUAUGAGCAAUGGCUCAGCUGUGUUCAGCUCAACUGAGAGUGUCCUGCAGUACCUGCUUGGACACUUGUUCCAAAAUGGCUCCUUCAACUCAACCUGCAGAUUGGAUUCCCUCAGGCCUAAGAAGAAUGGAACAGCCACUGGUGUGGAUGCCAUCUGCACCUACCACCAUGACCCUUCACAUCCUGGGAUGGACAUCCAAGGACUGUACUCAGAACUGAAAAAUCUAACCCAAGGAAUCACCCAGCUGGGCAACUACUCACUGGACAAGGACAGUUUAUAUGUCAAUGGUUACAAUGAACAUGGUGCAGAAGGACUUCCUACAACUCCUGGGUCACCCACCACCAUCCUGGCUUCUCCAUCAAAAUCUGUGCAGCCAGAACCCACAACAGCCAUGGGGCAUUUGAAGACUUUCACACUCAAUUUCACUAUCUCCAACCUCCCAUACUCAGCAGGCAUGAGCUCAGCCAUGUUUAAUUCCACUGAGAGGAUCCUGCAGCACCUGCUUGGACCCUUGGUCCAGAAUGAAUCCCUCUAUUCAGAUUGCAGACUGGUUUCCCUCAGGCCUAAGAAGAAUGGAACGGCCACUGGUGUGAAUGCUAUCUGCUCCUAUCACCAUAACCCAGCAUAUCCUGAGCUUGACACUCAGGGGCUUUAUACAAAGCUGAGUCAGCUGACUCAUGGCAUCACCCAGCUGGGUAGCUACAUGCUGGACCAGAAUAGUCUCUAUGUCAAUGGUUACACUCACCAGAUUACAAGAACUACCCCUAGUGGCUAUGUGCUCCAGAAUGUAACCAUAAAGGGCAAGUACCAGAUAAACUUUCACAUCAUCAACUGGGACCUUAGCAACACAGACCCAACAUCUUCAGAGUAUGUCACUCUAGAGAGGGACAUCGAAGAUAAGGUCACCACACUCUACACAGGCAGCCAGCUACAAGAAGUAUUCCAGUCUUGCCUGGUCACCAACUUGACGUCGGGCUCCAUGAUGGUCACUAUUGAGGCAUUGUUCUCCUCUUAUCUUGACCCCAACCUUGUGAAGCAAGUCUUUUUAAAUAAGACAUUGAAUGCCUCCUCCCACUGGCUGGGUGCCACCUACCAACUGACAGAUCUGCAUGUGAUAGACAUGAAGCCACCCAUUCUUCUGCCAACAGAAGUCCCAACAACCAGUUCCAGCUCUCAGCAUUUCAACCUGAACUUCACCAUCACCAACCUACCCUAUUCCCAAGACAUAGCCCAGCCAGGGACCAGCAAACAUGAGCAAAACAAAAGAAGUAUUGAAUAUGCGCUCAACCAGCUCUUCAGAAACAGCAGCAUCAAGAGUUACUUUUCCGACUGUCAAGUUUUAGCCUUCAGGUCUGUCUCCAACAGCAACCACACAGGAGUUGAUUCCCUGUGUAACUUCUCACCAUUGGCUCGGCGAGUGGACCGAGUUGCUAUUUAUGAGGAAUUCCUUCGAAUGACACAAAAUGGCACCCAGUUGCUGAACUUCACCCUGGACAGGAAGAGUGUCCUUGUCGAUGGAUAUUCUUCAAACAGGGAGGAUGAUGUGAUAAAGAAUUCUGGUCUUCCCUUCUGGGCCAUCAUUCUCAUCUGCUUGGCGGUACUACUGGUACUCAUCACAUGCCUGAUGUGCUGUUUCCUGGUGACUGUCUGCAGAAGAAAAAAGGAGGGAGACUACCAGGUUCAACGUCACCGCCUAGGUUACUACCUGCCUCACCUAGACCUGAGGAAGUUCCCGUGACUCCACCUACCUUUUCCCUAGCAGGAUCCAAAGAAUAA